AUGGAUAAUUCUAUUGGACCCGAUGGAAAACCGUGUAAAGCAUGUAUCAGCGUUGAAGAUAUGAUGAAAAAAGGUGAGGAGAUGGCAGAAAAGCUAAAAAAAAACCAAGCGCCCAGCACUUCCAGCGAAACUCCGACGAAAAAACACAAAUAUCCGGUGGAUAAGGAUGAAUUGGGAAGAUCCACGUGGAAUUUGUUGCACACGAUGUCGGUCUAUUAUCCGGAGAAGCCGAGUGAGGAGCAGAAAAAUAAAGCGAAGCGUUUCAUGAAUUUGUUGGGACAGGUGAGGGUUUUUGGGUGGAAAGUUGAAAAAAACUGAAAAUGAUGCAAUUUCCAAGUCUCUAGACAGAAAUCCUUAUUUUCCAGCUAUACCCUUGCGAUUUCUGUGCGAAAGAUCUACGAAAAGAUCUCAUCAAAUCACCACAUUCAGUCUCAUCACGUGAAAAUUUCGUCGAAUGGAUGUGUCAACUUCACAACAAGAGCGCCGUUAAAACUUGGAAUAUCCAUUGGAAAUUGCAGCUCCACCUCCACAAAUACCCCAUUUUUGCUCAGGAAUUUUUGAAGAUCCUCGAAUCUUUCGCAAAACACUAA